AAGUUUCCCCGUGUUCAGCGCACUGCCUGCCCUCACUAACUGUACUGGAGACGGAUAGGAAAGCGCGCUGCAAACCCCGAGAGCCCCGGCCUUCACUCAGACCCCGGUCUGCUCUUCUCUUAAAGAGGCGUCGCGAACGGAUCAAUGAGCCAAAAGAACAAGCGGUUUCUCCUUUGAGGCUCGUUUUUGGGCUUUACGCGUGGACUGCCUUACACCUUCCCUUUCAUAUUCACUUCUCUCGAGGAUACCUGUACCUCUACUGAUGGAACAGGGUCACUCCAACGUUCUCCUGCAGCCGCCCAACACCACCUAACAUUUCCUGGAAAAACGUGUCCAUUGCCUGCUCCCAACAAACAUGGACUGUUUUCCCAUGCUUUAUUUUCUGUCGAGACAUCAUGAUUCCUGGUAAUCGAAUGCUGAUGGUCAUUUUAAUAUGCCAAGUCCUGCUGGGAGAGAGCAACCAUGCUAGUCUGAUACCUGAAGAAGGGAAAAAGAAAGUGCCAGGCCUGCAGGGUCGUUCGGCCACUCAGAGCCAUGAACUGCUGCGGGACUUUGAGGCCACGCUGCUGCACAUGUUCGGCCUCAAGAGGCGGCCACGGCCCAGCCGCUCCACCACCGUGCCCCGCUACCUGCUGGACCUCUACCGGCUGCAGUCGGGGGAAGCCGAGGAGGCUGGAGGCCAUGACAUUGCCUUUGAGUACCCGGAGAGAUCAGCCAGCCGGGCGAACACUGUGAGGGGCUUCCAUCAUGAAGAGCACAUGGAGAGGGUGCACGAGUUCGACGCUGGAGAGGCCGCGCCCCUUCGCUUCCUGUUCAACCUCAGCAGCAUCGCCGAGGACGAGCUGCUCUCCUCCGCUGAACUCCGGCUCUACCGCCAUCAGAUCGAUGAGGCCCUCGCCGACGCCCUCUCAGAUGAGCAGGGGCUUCACCGGAUAAACGUGUACGAGGUGCUGAAGCCCCCGCGGCCCGGGCAGCUGAUCACGCAGCUCUUGGAUACGCGGCUCGUGCGCCACAACAUGUCGCGGUGGGAGAGCUUUGACGUCAGCCCCGCCGUGCUGCGCUGGACUCGUGAGCGCCUCCCAAAUUACGGGCUGGCGGUGGAGGUUCUGCACCUCAACCAGACGCCGCGCCACCAGGGCCGGCACGUUCGCAUCAGCCGCUCGCUCCACCAGGAGCCCGGUGAGGACUGGGAGCAGCUACGCCCCCUCCUGGUCACCUUUGGCCAUGACGGGAAGGGUCACCCGUUAACCCGCCGGACCAAGCGCAGUCCCAAGCAAAGGGGCCGCAAGCGCAACCGCAACUGUCGGCGCCACGCGCUGUACGUGGACUUUAGUGAUGUAGGCUGGAAUGACUGGAUAGUGGCGCCCCCUGGUUACCAGGCUUAUUACUGCCACGGGGAAUGCCCCUUUCCUCUGGCAGAUCAUCUGAACUCAACUAACCACGCCAUUGUUCAGACACUGGUGAACUCUGUGAACAACAACAUUCCCAAGGCCUGCUGUGUGCCAACUGAGCUCAGCGCCAUCUCCAUGCUCUACCUAGACGAACAUGACAAGGUGGUCCUAAAAAACUACCAGGAAAUGGUAGUGGAGGGCUGCGGCUGCCGCUAACACACAAACUAACCAGAACUGAGACUCGGACUGGCGACUUGAAAAGAGCAACAUGGACGCUACAACAAAUUAGAAGGUCUUUAUUUCCAAAAAUGUUCACUUGGACCCUUAUUUAUAACUUUAAUGUUGAGGUGUAUGUUUGUCUCACUUUAUUGUUUCUUUGACAGUAUGAUCAUAUAUUUUGACAAAAUAUAUAUUAUAUAUAUUUAUAUCUACAUAUUAAAAAAAUAAAUUGAGUUCUUAUUUUAAAGCUGUACAACUUUUCAUAAUGUACAUUAGAUUGUAUACGUUUUUUUUUAUUGAGAAAAUAGUAAAAAAACAAUCGUAAAAGUAAAAGUUUAUUUACUUGUAAUAUUUAUUGCUUUCACAUUCUAUACAUUGGGAGAGAAGAAUAAAAACAUCGACUGCUUCCAAUAACACAAUUCAACAAGAACACAUAACAAA